AGAGGAAGCCAAGGUCUGCAGUGACGUGCUGCUCAAGUAUGCGAGUAUUCGGCUGUGCGAUAAGAUCACAACGGCCAUAUUAAAAACCUUGGUUUUUCUCAAGGCGUUGAUUGGCGCGUUCAUUGCGGAUGGGCACCGACUGGAAGCGUAUGAAGCUUCGCUUAUCUUCCCCAUGCUUGUGCUAAAGAUUGGUGAAAAGGAGAUGGUGCAGCGAGAGGCUCGGUCGGUGAUUCGGUCGUUUUGUAAUGUGCAUCCGUCAAUGAACAUCUUCACAUAUCUGAUGGACGGCAUUAAGUCCAAGAAUGCAAAG